AUGAGCAAUCUUGUGGAAGAAAACUGCAAGGAAAGCUAUUCUUCCCAGGAAACACCUGCAGAAGAAAAUGUCUCUCCUGCUAAGGACCGCUCAAUAGGACACAAAAAACUGAUGAAGUUGAAGAACAAAACAUAUAAUUCUGCCUCUCACAAGACAACUUGCAAAGUCCAUGCCACUGUACCAGAAUCAUGUAUUCAGAGUCAUGGUUGUUCCAUCUCCUGUCAGAAUGUACAGUCGCAGAAACUUGAGAAACAAUUAAAAUACUUAGCCUUUCAAAAUCCAGGACCUCAGGUAGCUGACUUCAAUCCUGAAACUAGGCAGCAGAAAAAGAAGGCAUGCAUGUCACAGAUGAAGCAAAAUAUUUUUUAUGAGUCCAAGUUUACAAAGAAGUACGACAAACAUGGCAGGUUGCUUUGUAACGGCAUUGAUUUGUGUGAUUGCCUGGAAGUGGACUGCCUGGGUUGCUUCUAUCCAUGUCCCAAAUGCAAUUCAAACAAAUGUGGACCAGAAUGUCGCUGCAAUAGAAAAUGGGUUUAUGAAACAAUUGAAACUGAAGAUGGCAAUGUGAUCAGUGUGCUGCCUUUUUUUGUCCCUGACUGA